UCAACAUAUCCGUGUGUAUGUUUAGCAUAUCCUUGGAUUGUUUUCGGAAUAAUGCUCAGAUCAUUCCGUAACGAUAUAUGUUAUAUGUGACAGAAAUAAAGACAACAAAAAGUAAAGUGAAACGAGUCAUUCCAGAAUAAAGCUUCUUCAAUACGAGCAUAAUAAUCAUUGUUUACGCGACCAAACAACUUCUCCAACAUUGCAUGUUUUUUAAGGAUUUUGUUCGUUGUGCAAAUUAGACUUUUUAAUAGGUGAAUAGUGGAAUUUCGAACGCGAUUUUGGCAAUAUAGUAAACCACUGAGAUUUUACUUACAAUUCAGUACUUUUUCUUCAUCGACCAUGAAGAGUGCCAAGCUGCAGGCGGCCCUCGCCCGUCGUCGGGAAGCGGAACAGAUCAAGUUUCAAAAAUCGGCUGCGAUGGAACGGUACUACGAUCAGUGGAGCAGAAUCACGUCUCGUUACGAUUCGUGGAAUUCACCGAAGUUUCACCAACAGGUCGAGGAGGCGCAGCGACGUCGGGAAGAAGAUGAAAAAAAGGAAGCUGAGAUGAACGAGCGGCGUGAAAAAUCACGAGCCAAACUGCAACAGGAGAAGGAUGAUUUUCAGCAAGAGAUUAAAGCAAAAAACCGCCCCAAUUCCAAACCGAUUCCAACGGAACUUCUCGAGCACGUACGGGACCGUCUAAACGAUCGAGAGGAAGCCAAGCGUCGAUUGGAGUUGGAAGCCAGUUUGUACACCAAGUGGCGAAAGGGUUAUGACCGCGAUGCAAUUAUACUGAACUCCAAAAACACCCACCAAGCGAUGGCCAAACUGAACUGGAUGGAUCGUCAGAUUGAGCAGCAAAUGCAGAGUGAACAGGAGCACAAGGACAACCAAGAGCGUGAAAUUCGUCUCCACGAAGAGGCCAGACGUCACGAAGAAGUCUUGCUAGAAAAGAGCCGACUACGUGAGCAACAAAUCAAAGAACUUAGAAACAGUCAGGAGUUUCACGUGAAAGAGUUAAAAGCGCAGGAGCAAGAAAUGAAUGAGUUGAAAUUGUAUGAGUCUCGUUUGCGUACCAAGAGGGAUGAGUUUACCAAAGAAAUUGAACAGCUCCGAGUUUAUAACAAUAGGCGCCGAGAUCGAGUCGCAGCGAUGCAUAAUGUUAGACGCAUCAAAAUGAUGCUGCGCGAACGUUCCGAAUCCGUUCGUAACGAUUUAAAGCACGAUUUACAGCUUCUGCAUAGAAUUUCUAUUGAUAAUCCAGAAUCCAACGAAAGUAUCGAUUAUCUACGGAAGAAAUUUCAACUACAGUAUGAUUUGGAAGUUGACCAGCAAACCACCAUUGAAAAUAUGUACGAAUCGGAAGCGAAACACAAUCUUUUUAAAUGGGAAGAAAAGUGGAACGAUGAAGCUCAGAUAAGAGAACAGCAGCUACGAUGUUUGCUGGAUGAUCGCGUCGCGGAUUUUGACACCAAACUAGUCGAAUGCACUAAACGCCAAUGUGAUCUACUCGAUAUUCGCGAAACUCACAUCAAAGCCAUCGAAGGUGCAACACAGCAGCUAAAAAAGUUAAUGAACGAUAAAUCCAAUGAACGCAGUAUGACUGCCGAUUCCACAGAUCACAUGUGGGAGAUUCUGGAAGAACAACCGUCACCCAAACCAACGGAAUCAUACCGCAGUCCAACGUUCGAUCAUAUCUUUCCAUCGGAAGAUUUAAUUGUUAAAGAUCUUACGCUUAACGACAAAGUAAGCAAGAGUCCUGUACAACCAGGGCCACUGUCGGCUCCACAGUUCGGCCGGAAGAAGGUAGCCUGGUGCUAUUAAAUUAUUUUAAGACCAAAUAUACCAAACGAAAUGUUUCAACGGAUAAUAAUUUGUAAUUGAAAAGACUAUGGAAUUUGUUCCGUCCAUUUUACUUUUUCUAACGACUGAAUUUUA